UGGAGUGAGUUCACUUUUCUAUGGAUUUAAAAAAGACAUGGAUUUAAUUCACAGUUUUGUGUUACUCGAUUGGAAAUGAACAGUAAUUUCACUGGAUUUUGGGGACAAGUGAAUAACACAUCUCAAGACACUCUAGAAGUUGCGUUUGCGGUUGCAAACGGUCUGGUUUUACUUGUAACUCUGCACAUAGGAAUUCUCGCGAACUUCUUUGUGACGUGGGCUGUGUACCGUCAAAAGUCGCUCCAGACGUCCAACAACGCGCUUCUGGUGAAUCUGGCUGUUAUUGACAUCUUGCGAUGCGUGGUUGACUGCCCGUUGCUUCUCACUAUCGUUUUGAGCGUUCGCAAUGCAAGGGACUUCGGGAUUGUUUUCUGCAGCGCGCAAAUCGCGUCAUUUUCUCUCAUCUGUUGCGUGCAGUUGUUCACGUUGGCAUGCAUCAGCGCCGAGAGAUAUCAAGCCGUCGCGCGUCCGUUUAAAAACGCCGAGCGUCGGAAACGGAUAACGGUGUCUAUUAUACUGACCUGGGUCGUUCCCAUCUCCAUAUCUGUCCUGUGCGUAAUAUUUGCCAAGGACUCGCCUGUGUACGUCAGGUGCAGGGGUUUGCGCGUGGAGAGUUUGGACUCGUAUGACACUUUUGGAUUUUAUAUUUUGACUCCCGUCUGGUGCGUGUGUUUGACUGUCAUCGUUGGAUUUUACGCACGCAUAUUUCUUUUGGUGAGAGCGCACAGCAGGAAAAUAUUUGACCAGGGGUCUUGUCCACCUCCUGAUAAGAAGGAAGAUAAAAAGAAACAGAAAGACGAAGAAAUAAAGACAAAUAGUAAGAUCGAGCAAGAAAAGCCUGUAGAUUUAAACAAUGAUUUAAAGCCACAUGAAAAGGAGCCUGGAGAGAUGAAGGCAGAAAAUUCCCAUACAGGUUCCCCAGCAACUGAAACCACGAAUGACCCAUCAGAUAUGAAUAAACUAGAUUGUGAGUUUGAAAAAUCUAAAGAAACCAAAGUGACUUUUAUUGAUGAACAUCCCAAUGAAGCAUCCAAAAUUAUAGAUCUAGAGGAUCUUGCGAACUUGCACUCACGCCAAGAAAAUGCUGCAGAAAUGUCUCCAACUAACGGAAAAGAUGAUGCAAUAAGCUUCAAAAAUACAGAUGGAGAUGUUUCUGGAACAUCAACAAAUGAAGAAAGUGACAUCAAGUCAAACAACCACAAAAACACAGCUGCAGAAACUUCACUAUCAAAUGCAGAAGGGGAUGCAGAUCCAAAUGGCCAACCAGAUACUAUUGCAAAAACUCCAUCACCAACUCAUGAAGAGGGGGACACAGCAGAUACACCUGACCACCAAAACCCACCAAUAGAAUCUUCUCAAUCAUCCCCUAAUGAAGGUGCAGUGGAUCCAAACGCUCCGCAGGAGACAGCAGAAACAUCUCCAGCAUCAAAUGCAGAUGCCCAGAUCGUGACAGCUCCACAACAGGAAGAUAUGGCGGGGGCCGUCUGCAUGAUGCCAUCCCUCGCUCAAAGGGAAAGGGGGAACGCUAAGAAGGAGAGCAAGCUGGCCAAGCGCUCUGGAUACAUCAUUUUUACCUUCCUUAUAUUUUGGAUCCCACUGAUUGCCACGGUGGUCUUGAAUCAGUUCCUCUACCAGAACAACAAUCACACAGCGGACGUCUCUCAACAGCUGGAAAUAUUCACAGUGUCUGUGGUCUGCAUGACAUCCUUCACCAACCCGAUCAUCUACGCAGCGGUCAACCCUCAGUUUCGCACAGAGUUUUACAAUCUGAAGACUAAAUGGAAAGCAUUUUUUACAAGUUCAUAGAGGUUUUAUGAGUGUUGUGACACAGCCUGUGAUGUGGUCUGAUGUUUGAUCCAACUAUGCUACACACUUUUCAACUACAUUUGUUAAUUGAUUAUGCUUACAUAAUUUUUUUUAAUACUAUCAGUAUGAUGAAAAGACCAUUUAUAUGUAAAUAUUUUUGUAAGCUGUUCAUUUUAGCACCCUGGACAUUUUUAAUAUAUACUUUACAAUAUAUGUUGUUGUUACUACCUGCUUUAGAAUGUAGUUGGACAAAUGUAACGAUACCAAAAACAUCAAAACCAUUGUAUGACAAUAUGCACCCUCAUCCUCUAAAAAGGUCAAUAAAAUAAUGU